AACAAAAUCCUACUUUCUUUUGGUGUCCUUCAUCAAUAAAUUUUUUUCCCAAGUCUUGUCCCUUUGCCAUUCUUCACUAGUUAGUUGACCUUAGGGCACCUGGCACAUAUUUUUCAUCAAAUUGUACUAACACGACAUCGUUUUCUCUUUAUAUAUACUCUUCAUUCUUGAAAACCCUUGCUCUUAACCAAAGUUGUCUCAAUACAUUCAUUCCAAAAGUUACCAAAUUUACCAAUUCUAGUCCCAAUUUAACCCAAAUUCACCAUUUUAGUCACCAAAUCCCCAUCAUUCUUUCACUUUUACCCCCUUAUACACUUUUCUCAGAUAUCCCUAAAUUCUCUUCUCCCUUUUCCCUCUUCCAACACACAAGAAGAACUACAACACGCCAAAAAGCUCAAAAAUCUCAAAAAAUCUAAAAAAGUUCAAAUCUUUUUGCUUAUUAUCACCCCAUAAGGCUAUAAUUAUUUCAAGAUUAUUAUUACCCAUGUUCCAUUUCCUUGAAUUAUGUUUUCUUUUUUCACUAACAGUAGCAGCAACUUGUUGUUAAAUAUUGCAAUUCUUGAAAGUAUUUCAAGAUUUUGUUACCCCAAAACCCACCUUUUGCUUGUUUCCUUCAAUGCGACCCCACGAUCUUUAUCUGUAAACCCUCCAUAGACAAUCCCUUCUCCGAUCCCUUCACUAUCAUGUCAGACCCACAACCCUCUUCUUCUCCGAUCCAACAAAAUACCCACAACGAAAACUCAGAAGACAAGCUUAAUAACAGUAACAAUAAUGCUAAUAACAAUACUAGUAGUAGUAAUAUAGUUAGGAGAGAGAGGCCAGCGAGGGAGUGUACGAAAAGGGCUGCUGCAAGGUUACAGGCAGCAGCAGCAGCAGAGGCAGAGGCUGCGGUUAAGGUUAGGAGGAAAAAGGGUGUAAGUAGGAAGGAAAAGUUAGCGGCUAGGUUGCUGAGGGAGGAGGAGGAUGGGGAGGAGUUUGUUGAUGAGGAGGAGGAGGUGGAGGAAGGGGAGGGAGAGGGGUCGCCUUCUUCGCGAAUACAAUGUAGUAAGAUUGUUACACAGCUUGUAGGAGAGCCCGAACCAUCGCAGUUGCCUCGGUGGAAUUUACGGUCUAUGUGGCAGUUAGCUUCCAUAUUGAAUUUCUUGAAUGUUUUUAGGCCUUUGUUGAAUAUUAGAGUGGAGUUUUCAGCUGACGAAUUUGAAACAGCGUUGAUUACUCCGAAUGAUACGCUUGGUGAUAUACAUAUGCCAUUGCUAAAGGCGAUCCCACCAAUUACACGCAUGGCACUUGGACAGAAUACGUGGAUUACUGUUUUGUGCAGGAAAUUAAGAGAUUGGUGGCAUUGGGUUGCAGAGGGGGAACUACCUAUAGUUGCAUCACAAGGGGCUGAAAUUGAAGCUUAUAAGGCACUAGAUCCUGCAGUCCGCGUGGUGAUUUUGAAAGCAUUAUGUGAUAUUCGUGUUGAGCAAGAAGAUAUUCGUAACUACAUUGACGAAAACUUGAAACAAGGUGCUCACCUAUCACUUUUCCGAAAAGAACGUAUUGGCGGUGAUUCUCAUGGAAUUUCUUACUGGUAUGAGAAUGAUCCCCUCAUUGGACAUCGACUGUACCGAGAGAUUAGAAAGAUCGAAGUCAAGAAAGGAAAGGGCAAGAAUGUACAGCCAAUACCUAGCUCAUGUUAUCAGUGGGAAACUGCUGCAACUAAUUUGGAUGAAUUCCAGGAUGUUUCUGAGAAGCUAUUCUUGAGUAAAAAUAGAACAGAGGUUUCUGUUGGAAAGAAGUUGAAAAAUGGCAUAAUUGCUGAGGUUGAGAGGGUCCACAAGAGGAAAGAGAAAUUGCUGAAGAAACAACAUAGACAGGCAUUGAUGCUUGAUAACAUGCUAAAUGUGGAUGGUCUUUCUGGUGGACGCUCCUUGCGGGAUAGGAAGCCUGUGACCUACACGUUUGAUGAUUAUGAUCGGUCAAUUAACGAGGCUAUCAAGAUAACCAAGAAUGGUCAACCAUCCGCAGAACCACCUACUUUGAGGAGAGAAGCUGCUAUAAAGCAUGAAACGUCUACAAAUGGUGGAUUAGGUAGUCCUCCACACUUAUCAGUGUCUUUCAGGGUGCGUUCACCUAAAUCACCUGAAUACGAUGAAUAUGAUGAAGACCAUCAAGAUGAACUAUUAGAUCGAAGCAACCGUAGGAGGCAGAGACCCCAACGCUAUUCUGCAUCAGAGUUCAUUGAAGAAUUAUCUGAAAAUGAGGCAGAAUUUGACAGCGAUGAUGAUAUAAUGGGUGAAGCGGUUUAUGAUGAAGAAUAUUUAAGGAAACGGAAACAGCGGAAGGUGUCAAGUAGCUCGGAAGGAGAUGAUGAGUACCAUUGGGAUGAAGAAAAAUCUGAAGAUGAAGAAGAGGAGGAUGAAGAUGAAGAUUCCUUUAGUGCUAGUGAGGAGAGCGAUGAGCCUCGUAGUCGCAAAUUUAAGAAACUGCCUGGCCGCACAAGAAGAGAAACCAAGUUGAGGUCAGUGGGCAACCUUCAGCCAGGUUUAAGACGCAGUAACAGGGCAACCAGAAACCGAAUAAACUAUAGCCAUUUAGAGAUGUCAGAUUCAGAGACCGAGUCAAUAAAACCUGAGAAGUCAAAUGGAUCCGAGGAACACUACGACGAUGCAAGCGAUAAUGCAGAGUUCUCAAUGGGAAGUGAAGAUGACACGGAGGAAAACAAUGAUAACGAGGAGGUGAAAGUUGAGCAACCUGUUGAUGUGCCAUCUGAGAUGGCAACAGCGGAUCAAAAUGAUGUACCGAAGAGAACAAGCAGUCCAGAGCAAGAUGAUGUUGAAAGUGGAGGGAAAAGGCGCUUUCUUGAUCUCAAUGAGCUUGCCCCAGGUUCUGGAUUCGAUGAUGGUCCUAAUUCAGUGAUGAAAGAUGAAGGUGCAGAUGAUUUCUGAUUUACCCUCAGAUUCUAUCGCGUGUAUUUUUGUGUUGAAAGCUGAUAGUUAACUCUGAGUCCACUCCAUGAUGGAAGUAAAGGAGUUUCCCCUGGAAAGUUUUGGCAACUGUGAUGCAGUUUGUUUAUCCAAAGGGAAGCUAAAUCAGAACUGAGAAAGUAAUGUAGAUUGAGUAGUAGUCGAUUUUUUAGCAUUUCUACAUUCACCUAUGAAGAAAUGGUUGGAAAAUUCGGUGAGAGUUUUCUUGUUCGCUGUACAAUAACAUCAUAACUAAUACUGUAACAGAAAUAUCAACUCUUAGCCUUUUAGAUGCUUAGAAUCAUUAAUCUAGUUAGAUGCUUGGUGCCAA